GCACCAAGACAGACAGUAGUUUUUUCCCUCAGAAGCAGGACGACUGCCUCCAGUCUCUUCUGGUCAACACCAUGGCCAGGACCCGGAGUGACCAUCUCCUGUACUCCCUGGAAGAGCUUUUGCCCUAUGACUUCGAGAAGUUCAAGUUCAAGCUGCAGAACACCAGCCUGGAGAAGGAGCACACCCGGAUCCCCCGGGGCCAACUGCAGACAGCUGAGCCGGUGAAGCUGGCCUCUCUGCUGGUCAACCACUACGGGGAGGAGUACGCGGUGCAGCUGACCCUGCAGGUCCUGAGGGCCAUCAACCAGCACCUCCUGGCAGAGGAGCUUCACCGGGUGAUCAGCCCAGAGUGUUGGAUACAAGAAAGUGACACAGACAGCUCAGAAACGUCGGGUUCCUCUGGGGAGAUGAAGCCCAAGAGCCUAAAGACCCCGGAUGGCCUGGAAGGUGACAAGCAGCGACAAAGUGCUGAUGGGGCUGGCUGCCCACCCUCCAGCCAGACUGAGGCUGGCAGAGGGCCCCAGAAGAAGCCUCUGGGCAAGCAGCGAGAUCAGAAAGGCUCUGAGGGCCUGGAGGUGCAGGGCAAGCUGGGGGCCAGGACCACGACUCUGUCUUCCAAGAGAAGCCCCGUCCUCCCCAAGGUGCCACGGGAGAAGGAGAAAGGGAGCUAUCCAGGUGUCAGGCUGCGGAGGAACGCCAGCUCUGCAGGAAGGCUCCAGGGACUCACCAGCGGGUCAUUCACUGGGUCCCCAGGAAGGAGAGAAACAAAGACAUCAGAAGUAUGUUUACCUUCAGGAAAGAAGCGACCCAAAAGUCUUGAACUUACCAUUUCUCCAGAAGAGACAGGACCCCUCAAUCCAGAAACUCUUCUGCUUCAGGAGAAAAUGAACACUGAGAAUCCAAGCUCAGCAACCACUGCCAGCCAAGUGGCCACUCUGAAAACAGGGCCGACCGCGACUCUGGAGAAGGGCUCCAGGAAUCCAGAGCAUGCCACGACCCUGGAGGGGACAGCACUCAGGAAUACACCUCUCAGUGUACCGCUGGCUGGAAAGACGAUGAUUGGGGCGCAUCUAGAACCCACAGCUCCUGCAGAGAGGAGUGGAACUGGGGCUCUGAAGGCUUCCAGUGUGCCCCAUGAGCCUUCAGAUCCAGAAGUCUCUCCGUCUGCAGGGAGGCUGCAGGACAAGGCAGUGUGUCCUCUCUGCCGUGCCCAGGAAGGAGACCUGGUUGGUGGCAGCUGUGUGCACAUCUCCUGCAGCUGCUCUGCGGCUUCCAGGGACCCUGAGGCCUCACUCAGCCGCUCAUCCAGCUGCCCCCGGUGCCAGGACUUGCUCCCAGGGAAGAGCCACGGAAGCCGUGAGUGGCAGGAGGGCCUGCAGAUGGCCAGCCUGAACCCCAAGAACCUGCCACAGUGUGAGCGUCACAUGAAGCAGGUGCAGCUGCUCUUCUGCGAGGACCAUGGGGAGCUCAUCUGCCUUAUCUGCCGGCUGAGCCAGGAGCACCGGGGCCACCGGGUGCGCCCCAUUGAGGAGGCUGCCCUGGAAUACAAGGAGCAAAUUCAGAAGCAGUUGGAACAUCUGAAGGAGUUGAGAAAAUCUGGAGAGGAGCAGAGAUCUCAGGGGGAUAAGAAAACAGUGAACUCCCUGAAACAAGCUGAAACCCAGAAGCAGAGAAUCCAGUGCCAGUUGGAGCAGCUGUGCCAGUUUUUAGAGCAGCAGGAGCGGCUCUUUAUGGCCUGGCUAGAGGAACUGGGCCAGACCAUCGGCCAGGUUAGGGAGACGUACGGCACCCGAGGGACGAGAGACAUCGCCCUUCUCGACAAGCUGAUUGGGGAGCUGGAGGCCAAGCAGUGCCAGCCAGAGUGGGAGUUUAUGAAGGACAUUGGAGUCACCUUGCACAGGGCCAAGAUGGUGACUGUCCCUGAGCUGUGGGCCACGCCACCAGAGGUGAAAGAGAAGAUCCACCUGCUCUACCAGAAAUCAGAGUUUGUUGAGAAGCGCAUGAAGCACUUCUUGGAGACCCUGCGCUCAGAAGUGGAAACGUUCAAUGUUGCAGAACUGAUUGGUGGUCAGGCACCCUGAGGCGAGUAGCCUUGGCCUGCCGGGUCCCUGCUCGGUCCCCCAGUGCGAUCCCGAAGAACAACCCUGUCCACGUUUCCUGGAUGUGGGGAAAACCCUGUGGGGAUGUUGUCCAUGGACCUGAAGUCAGGAAUUCUAAUUCUCUCUGCAGUUAAUGUGAUUCUGGAAGCAGAAACUAUCCACUCCAACCUCAUCUUUCAUCUUCUCUGAUGACGUGAAGAGAGUGAGCCUUGGAAAAGAAAAGUGGGACCAUCUGCCUGCUAGUCCAGGAAGAUUCUAUAGCUGAAUCGUGGUGCUGGGCUCUCUGAGCCUGCUCUCUAGCCACCAUGACUGAGAAGUGAAGGUGGGAGACAAGCCAGGGUGGGUCCUGGGCGUUUGCAAGGCAGCCACGAGCAGCAAGGAGAACAUGACUCUGUCACCAGAGAAUGGGCAUUUGGUAGAAACAAUGAGGCAGUAAAAUGAAUGCCAGGCGUGCACCUUUCUCCAGAUCCAGAUGGAGGAGCCCUGCUGGCAUGGGGUUAUCUCCCUGGACUACAAGACGGGGACAUCUCCUUUUACAAAGUGACAGCCAAAUCCCACAUCCCUCACAGCCACUGGCUACUUUCCCCUGGGGCCCCUUCAACCUAUCCUUAGCCCCAGGACACAUGAUGGAGACAAGAACAUGGAUCCUCUGACCAUCUGUCUAGUGGGGGUGGCCACAGCCUCCCUGAAUACCUGACACUUUGCAUCUCCCUUCAGGCUCCUGGUCUUGAAUCUUGAAUCCAUACACCUGACAGUCAUUACUGGGUUCCAGUGCUGUGGGGAAUACAAUCAAUAAAAAAAUAGUCCCCGUGCCCAAGGAGUUUACUGGACAGAAGCAGAAGUAGGCUGGGUCACAAAUACUGGUAAACCAAGGGUAAAGAGAACACACAUACAGAUGAUACAAGGCUUUCAGAGUACAUUGCUGUUGCUUAAUAAAUCCUUGUUAAGAAUUAGCACCUAAGAUGCUCCUGAGACAGAACCUACCCUCAUUUUCCCUCAGGACCCUUGGCAAGGAUGUGUUCCUUCAUUCUACCUACCCCUGUCUUGAGACUUAGGAAGCCUGAAGACAAACAAGCAGAUUGGAUCAUUACAAAUCACUUUUGUACUUGGAUUAAUGAACUGUGACUGGACCUCAUAAAUAAAUCACUUAGAAAAUGUA